CCGCGUCAACGUCCGCUGGGACGCGUCCGACGAUGAGCUGGACAACGACAACAGCUCGGCGCGCCUCUUCGAGCGCUCCCGCAUCAAAGCGUUGGCAGCGCAGGCGUUGUCGUCGUACAGCCGCGUCAACGUCCGCUGGGACGCGUCCGACGAUGAGCUGGACAACGACAACAGCUCGGCGCGCCUCUUCGAGCGCUCCCGCAUCAAAGCGUUGGCAGACGAGCGGGAGGCCGUGCAGAAGAAAACCUUCACCAAGUGGGUGAACUCGCACUUGGCUCGAGUCACCUGCCGCAUCUCGGACCUCUACAUGGACCUCCGGGACGGGAGGGUGCUCAUCAAGCUGCUGGAGGUGCUGUCAGGAGAGCUUCUGCCCAAGCCCACCAAGGGCCGGAUGCGGAUCCACUGCCUGGAGAACGUGGACAAGGCGCUGCAGUUCCUGAAGGAGCAGAGGGUGCACUUGGAGAACAUGGGCUCCCACGACAUCGUGGAUGGCAACCACCGCCUCGUCCUCGGCCUCAUCUGGACCAUCAUCCUCCGCUUCCAGAUCCAGGACAUCAUCAUGCCGACGCCGGAGGGCCAGGAGACGCGCUCCGCCAGGGACGCGCUGCUGCUCUGGUGCCAGAUGAAGACGGCAGGAUACCCUCACGUGAACGUCACCAACUUCACCUCGAGCUGGAAGGACGGGCUGGCCUUCAAUGCCCUCAUCCACAAGCACAGGCCUGAGCUGGUUGACUUCCAAAACCUGACCAAAUCCAACGCCCGGCACAACCUGGAGCACGCCUUCAGUGUGGCAGAGCGACACCUGGGCAUCACCCCGCUCCUCGACCCCGAAG